UGAAGAUUUCUCCGUUUCUAUACACGUGGAAGAUUGACAACCAUGCAGUACAGUUUGUUAUCAACAUCAUCACUUGCCACGCGACGUACUUGUACAUGAUUGUAUGUGAUUUUGAUAAGAAUCACAUAAGUAACUUUUGUCGUCUGCUCAGGCCACAAAUCAACCGCAACGAUGGGAACAGAACGUGAGGAUGCAGACGAUGCACCCGCUCAUCCCGUCGAUAAAGGGUGGUCUUGGGUCAUUUUAUCUGCUUCUCUUUGUGCAAUGCUGAUCUACGGAGGGAUACAUCGCGGGUUCGGAAUUCUGUUCGUGGAGUUCCGGAAGAAAUUUGAUUCCUCCUCCGCCAGUAUGUCAAUCGUGGUCAGUGUGCAGAUUGCAGUGAUGAGUGUCGCCGGCUUACUUCUAAUGACUGGGGGAAUGAAAUACUUCAGCAGUCGACAGUGUGUCGUCAUUGGAGGAUUCUUCGUGACAACGUCUCUCAUACUGAGCACAUUUGCCAAAAAUGUCACUCAUCUGAUUUUCACACACAGUGUACUAAUUGGAUUCGGUUUUGCAGCAGUGUUGGGUCCAUCACUUAUCAUUACUGGUCAAUAUUUUGAUACUAGACGAGGAAUAGCCAACGGACUAUAUACAGGUGCUGCUAGUUUUGGUGCACUAGUUUUUGCCCCUGCAUUCAGAUAUUUCAUCGAUGCUUUUGUUUUGAAGGGAGCUCUGUUAAUUUUGGCGGGAUUGGCUUUCCACAUCGUUCCUGCAGGGAUGUUGCUUCGUCCACCUGAAUUAUACGAAAAGUGGUCCCAUCAGAAGAAAUUGCGAGACGAAAAUAAUAAAGAAACAUCCGCAACUUCACCUUUGGUCAGAAAACCUAAUAGGGAUGUCUUAAAUGAAAAUCCAGGCGUUAGUGUGACCGAAAAUCCCUCCAUUUUGAAUGGUACGCAUCAUUCUUCCGUUUAUUCAUCCAUUAGAUUGCUUUCGUCCAUGAAACCGAAAGAUGCAAUUAGUGUACAUAGUUACGAUGCUCCGAAAAUUUCUAAUGGUAUACAUUAUUACUCGAAUAGAAGUAUUUGUGACCAUGAUCUUAAACAGAAAGAAAAGUUAUACGGAAGUGCCGAUAUGAUUAUGAUUGUACCUUAUGGAAAAGGGUCCAUUUUUAGUUUAGCUAAAGGCAGAAAAUCAGAUAGCUUAUUAUUGAAUGGAAAUCAUCUAAAUGGACAGCCAACAAAUGGAUAUACCAAUCACGAGGAUGCAAAAGCAAAUUUAGAAUAUCAAAAAGAAGAGAAAAAAAUAAGAAAUUUUUUCAAUGCUUCUAUCUUUAGAAAUGCUCAAUAUAUCUUCUUCGCACUGGGAUUUACAUUAGGGGUUCCAGUGGUUGUAACUGUGGUAUACCUUCCGGAUGUUGCAGAGGAUUGUGGGAUUCCAAGUGAUAAGGCCGCGCUUUUGGUAUCCAUUUACAUGGUGGGGGAGAUAAUUGGUCGAUGUGGGAGUGGAUUUUUCUCAGGAAAAUUGAUACACCGCCAAAUUGUCAUUGCUAUAUCUUUAUUGAUUGCGGGAAUUGCACAAAAUCUAGUUCGCUUUUUGCAAACAUUCUGGCUUUUAGCUGUGUUUGCUGCUGUUAAUGGUGUGUUUGGAGGUCCUAUACAUGGUCUGUAUGCCUCGGUUGUGGUAGACAUACUGGGUAUUGAAAACCUGAGAAGUGGUCUUUGUGUUCUGCAAUUAUCACAGGGUAUCAUAUGGAGUGCUAUUCUACCGAUUACAGGGUAUCUUCGGGAUGUCUCGGGGGAUUACAUAUUAACUUACCACUUUGUAGGGUCAUUAACCAUACUUGCCGCUACUGUUUUAUGUGUAAGUCAUUACAGUGUAAAGAGGUCACCAAAGGUUACGGAAGUAGACGUCACAGAUGAAGAAACUUGAGAUUAUAACUAACUUUGUUCCUUUAUUUUUGUUAUUUUUAUUAGGAUCCACCUUUUGUUUUAUAUCCAUCUUAUAUUGGCAACUACAAUUUAAUUUUUAGAUUUGUUUAUUAUGUACAUGCUUAAAGCAUCAGGUAU